GGCUGAUUCUGAUCUUUUACCGGAUCGAUAAGAGGAGGAGGCGCGGAGAAUGAGGUAUUCUUGUAGCAGCGCACAGCCCGCUUGUUGGCUCCGACGCACGUAAAUCUGCAGCGACGCGACGCGGACAUCACCGAGAAAGAAAAGCGCCACUUCCUUGCUUCCCGCACCGCGCGCUGUCACAGUCUGUCCUCCUGGACAUGAAAGUACAGCAGGACUGCAACUCAGCGGACAUGGGGAUCCCGGUGAGAACCGAAGAAGAACUGCGCAAAAACACCGUAAUUACACCCGAGGAUGUGCUUGGGCUACAGAAGAUCACCAAGAAUUAUCUCUGCUCUCCAGAGGAAAACGUCCACAGGAUCGACUUCACCAGGUUUAAGAUCCGAGACAUGGAAACGGGUACUGUGCUGUUUGAGAUCACCAAACCUCCAACACCAGGCGGUGUGAAACUCUGUGACCCCAACGCUGGGCGUUUUGUCCGGUACCAGUUUACACCAGCAUUCCUGCAGCUGCGGCAGGUUGGAGCCACAGUGGAGUUCACGGUGGGGGACACCCCCAUCAACAACUUCCGCAUGAUUGAGAGGCACUACUUCCGGGAUAAGCUGCUAAAGAGCUUUGAUUUUGAAUUCGGCUUCUGCAUGCCCAGCAGCAAGAACACGUGUGAGCACAUUUAUGAGUUUCCUGCGCUUUCAGAGGAAAUGAUGCGUGAGAUGAUCCAACACCCUUAUGAAACUCAGUCUGACAGUUUUUACUUUGUGGACAACAAGCUGGUGAUGCACAACAAGGCAGAUUAUUCCUAUUGUGGAGGACCAUAGGUGGACCUCAAUGCUUUUCAUUCUUCCACUUCAAGACAUUUUGCAGACUGCCACUUCAGGACCAGAGCAAGAUAAACUGGCAGACAAAUCACUGACAUACUUUCACAUGUUAGCUCCACACAUUUCUGGUUAGAUUCACAACUGCCUGACCAAUCAAGUUCCCCCUAUUUGCCUUUAUUUUUUUUUUCAGACAGUUUUAUCACCAGUUUGCAUCAUCGUGUGAGUGUGUGGACAGCAGCACAUGUAGUGUUUGUACAUACUGUGGACUUCAGACUGUCCAUGCGGGUUCCUGUUGAUCAUUGGGAGAGAAUUUUAAUUUUGUUUGUUAACUAGUAAAAAAACUGAAGUUUUUACACAGAAAAGAAAAUGUAUAGACAAGGUUUAUGAUAGAUUUCAGAAUAUUGUUUGUUUUGGUGUCUUGUAGCAGUUUUACUUCCAGGGUUUCUUUCAUUCGUAGCAGCACAUGCAUCUGAACGAAUCGUCUGUGUUCUGUCAUCGUCUUCCUGGAUCACAGCAAUGUGUAAUUUGUCUUUGUGAAGAUGUCAUUUCUUCCAUGUUUUCAUGUUUGAAUAGUACCACAAUGUGUUGUUACUUUUUUUUUAAACAAAAAUAGCAAUUUUGAGGUGUCAGAAAACAUGUUAACCAAAAAACAGAUACCUGUUUUGAUAAAAAAAAGUACUUUCUCUCUAUUAAUGAACACUGUGUACCUUUAACAGAAAAUGUGGAAAGUUGGUAAAAUUUUGACAGAGAAAGUUCCAUCAAUGCAAUAAACAGGAUUUUUGAAUAAUCCUGAUCUAUUUUUACAUCAGUGUCUCCGUCUUUACCUGAAAAUGAAAAGGGAUGCAUAUUUUCCCUCUUGAGAAUUAAUGAAAAUGUAUAUUUUGGCAGAGUAGACACUGUUGUUUCUCAUUUGAAUUUCUAUGCUAUUUUAUCUAAAUCUUUUGAGAACUUUUGUUUAAUAUAGACAAACUUUCCACCAUGCCUGUGUUGUUGUCAGGUUAUUUGAUGAAAUAAAGAGAAAGAUUACAUGAAAGGAAAAAUAUGACAUCAUUUAUGUGAAAGAGUAUUCCUUUUCGGAGUACUGUUGCUGCCAUCUUCUGGAAUAUGAGACUGACUGCUGUCAUUAAAAACUCCUUUCAUCA